AUGAGUCAGCCCUUCAUGAUUUUUACCAAUUAUCUUCACCCAUCACAUCUGCAACUGAUUCUUAUCCCAUUUCCAUUCUUCUUAUUUCUUUCAUCUUUUCUUUCUUUCAUUUUUUUUUGUUUCAUCAUUUUUUUCAUAUAUAUCAUAUAUUUCCUCUUCCCUUAUUUCUUUCUUCUUUUCUUUCCUUUUCUUACAGUUCUCUUUUUCUUUUUCCUCUUUCCUUACGACAUUCUUCCUUAUACUUUUCUCACUGCUCACUUCUUUGCCUCUUUCUCUUCUUUUAGUUCUCUUUUCUCUCUUUUUGUUAUUCACUCAUUUCCAUCUCCUCUUCUUCCAUUUCUUUUUUCUUUUGUAAAUCUUUCUUCUCUCUCCUUUUUAUUUCUCAUUUUUCUUUUAUCAUUAUUUUUCUCUUUCCAUUUAUAUUUUCUUUCUUCUCUUAUGCUCUUUUCUCUCUCCUUUGAUUUUUCUCUUUUAUUUUUCUUUCUCUUUUCUUCCUUCUCUAAUUGCUCUUUUUUACUCUCAUUUUUCUCUUUUCUUUCCUUUCAUUUCUUUCUUUCUUUUCUGUUUUUCUUUCCUCUUCUUUUCUUCUUCCUCUCCUUUAUUCUUAUUUUUCCCUUACUUUCCAAUUUAAUUUUCCCCCCACCUCUUCCACUUUAUCUCAUCCUUCUUUUCUCUCUAAAGAUUUACUUUCUUUCUUUAUCUACCUUUCUUAUUCCUUUACUUUUUUCUUUACGUUUUCUUUUCAAACUUCUGUUCAUAUCUAUUAAUCUAUCUAUCCCACUCUGUUCAUAUCUAUCUCAACCUGUUCAGUUUUGUUCAUUAUCUAUCUAUUUAUCUAAGUCUGUUCAUUAUCUAUCUAUGCAACUAAGUCUGUUCAUUAUCUAUCUCAGUCUGUUAAUUAUUUCUCUAUUCAUCUAUCUCAGUCGGUUCAUUAUCUAUCUCUCUAUUUAUCUAUCUCAGUAUAUUCAUUAUCUAUUUAUCUACCUAUCUGUUCAUUAUCUAUCUAUCUAUCUAUCUAUCUUAGUCUGUUCAUAUCUAUCUAUUUAUCUCAGUCUGUACAUUAUCUAUCUAUCUACAUGCAUGUAUGUCUAA